AAGCGGAGCCUAAUCCACUUCCAGUCUUCCACUCUCCAGCCUUCGGUCGGGUCUUCUGAGCUCUGUGUGUCAUCUCUCGCAGUCUUCGUUGCCAACUAGCUUACUAGAAUGACAUAGGGCAUUGCAGCGUUCUAACAACAAGUGGAGGGCCUCUCUUGAGCCAGAAGACAAUCAUUUAGCCUCUUCCAGUUUUACGACUAUGAUAGCUAAAGCCAAUCUCAUCUCCUGUAACUUCUCCACUUUACCAUCUCUUGCUCUCAACAAACCAAAAUCGAAAAUUCCACUUCAAACCCACUAUUCUCAACUCCGAAUUCUUGCAUUUAAAUCAACAGCAGCAUCGGUUAACGUAUUCAAACCUCUUGAUGUUAAAACCUCGCUAUGUUCGUUUCAAAGUAAGAGUCGUCUCUUCAUCUGUCAGAGUUCCUUGAACCGGCAGAAUUUGGAAGAUCCCGACUUGAGGAAAGAAAGUGAGCUUGGCGGGAAUGGAAAUGGCGGGGACGGAAGGGAUUGGACGACGUCCAUUUUGCUUUUCAUGUUGUGGGGUGGACUCAUAUACUAUGUUUCCUUUCUCGCUCCAAACCAAACCCCGACACUGGAUAUGUACUUCUUGAAAAAGCUCCUGAACUUGAUAGGAGAUGACGGUUUUAGAAUGAAUGAAGUGAUUGUAUCAUUGUGGUACGUAAUGGGCUUGUGGCCCUUGGUGUAUGCCAUGAUGCUGCUUCCUACGGGAAGAAGCUCGAAAAGCAAUAUUCCUGUUUGGCCCUUCCUACUACUUUCAUGUUUUGGUGGCGCAUAUGCUCUUCUCCCCUAUUUUGUACUUUGGAAACCACCAUCGCCUCGUGUUGAAGAAAGUGAGCUUAGAACCUUGCCAUUGAAUGUUCUGGAAUCAAAAGUAACUGCUGGGAUCUUACUUGCUGCAGGACUAGCCAUCAUCGCAUAUGCGGGUUUAGCUGGUGGGGCACUCUGGAAAGAAUUUUUUCAGUACUUCAGGGGAAGCAAAUUUAUCCAUAUCAUGUCCAUUGAUUUUAUUCUGCUUUCUUCAUUUGCUCCAUUUUGGGUUUACAAUGAUAUGACUGCUCGGAAAUGGUUUGACAAAGGUUCUUGGCUUCUUCCUCUGUCGCUGGUACCAUUUCUGGGUCCUGCUUUAUACGUUUUCCUUAGGCCGUCGCUGUCAGAAAUCGCCAGUCCUACAGCUGAGGCAGAGUAAAGUCGACUUGUCACAAGUCUGUGUGGUUACUGCCAAUGGAAGGGAUUACUCAUUUUUCAUGCUGCAAGAAUUGAAGAUGAUGGUGAUUCUGUGAAGCAUGAUUCAGAAAAGCCAGUGUCUUUCUACACAGCACACAACAGAGUUCCAGCAGCUUACACCACCUGAUGAGAUUCAAUGCUAAUCUCUGAUCAAAUAGAAGCAGCGGGCUUGCCUGGUUUUGUUCAGUUCUUUGAGAAUCAAAUUGAUCAAGUCAAGACCUCCUCUCGUAAUCUUUUCAUCAUGAUAGAGAAUAAAACCAGAAGCAAGUCAUAUAUAGAUGAAGUGCAAGUUUUGCUUCUAUGAAGAGCAUUUUUCUCAAACCAAAUUUACCCACUAUCCCUAAAAGAUAAAAUAUUUAUUUUCUUCUAUUUUU